AUGAACAGCAGCAGUGUAGAGUCUAAUGGAGAGCCUUCGGCGGACGUGUUCAAGGCCACAGCUGCUCUGAUCCUUUUCUCGAUAGCGCUGUUCGGAGGUCUCCUGCCUCAGCGUCUGCAAAAUGUCGGCGAGAUGGUGGUGUCGUGCCUCAACAUGGCAGCGGGCGGAAUCUUCUUCUCUACGGCAAUGGUGCAUAUGUUGCCUGAGAGCAGCGAGACGCUGAACGACGCUUGGGGCGACGUGUUUCCAUGGGCAGGCUUCUUAUGCUCCUUCGGGUUCCUCUUGGUUCUAUUCAUAGACCAAGGGGUAUCGAUAUCCCACGCCAGAAGCAAGAAGGGGAGAAAGGGGGGCCACAGCCUGGUGCCCACGGAGCCACCAAGCGCGGAGGGCCUAAACAGUUUCGGCCAAGGACAGGGAGUGAACGGCGGGAGCCAUCGGAACACCGACUCAGAAGACUUAGCAGAGGUCAUGGCCGCUAUUUCACCGAAGGCUCUUCUGGGUUACUCCGCCAUGGGCGAUUCGGAAGAGGCGGUGGUGCGAGGGGGGCACACGAAUGAUGACCAUAGCGGUGACGGGGAUCACCUUCGGGGGGCGCAUGCGCACGGGCUGGGGGAGGAAGGCGACGGGGUGUGGGUGCGCCUGGCUCUCCUGUUGGCGUUGUCGGUGCACUCGGUGAUGGAAGGGCUGGGAGUCGGCGCCGAGGCCACGAAGGCUUACGAUUUGCUCUUCGCGAUCGGAGUUCACAAGGGGAUCGCCGGGUACGCGCUAGGCGCCGCCCUACUCCAGAGCGGCGUCCACGCAAAGCAGGUCACCCUGUACAUCCUCGCCUUCUCCGCCAUGACCCCCCUGGGUAUCCUCAUUGGAGCCAUCAUCCAACAGGACGCCGAUAACGACUCGGGCGGUGCCGUGUGCGUAGCGCUGGCCGCGGGAACUUUCCUCUAUGUUUCCUUGAUGGAGGUUCUCCCGCCGGAGCUCGCUUCUACGGAGAACGGUUGGAGCAAGAUGGGGUCCCUGGUGCUGGGAUUCUUGGUCGCGACGGGGGUGGGGUGGCUCGUGGGGUGAUCCGGUUUGGUUCGGUCUGCGGUAUGGUUUUUUUUCGGCGUGUCUGUGGUCUGUUGGGGUGAAGUGAGCGAGCUCUAAUAUAGCAUUCAAGAGAGAUUCACCAGAGAAGAUGAUUGGGACGCAGCUUUCUGGUUGGCCAUCUUUGAAAAAGAUUGCCCCGCGAGUUUUUUUUGUUAUUUUACCAAUGAGAAAACUGCGUGCUCACGGGAAGACCGCUUUUCUUCCGUAUAACAGUGAUUGUGUUUUUUUGCCAGUGUACAUAAGUUAAGUCAAACGCGUGGUUCGGACGGCGGGGUGGUGGUGGGUUGGAUAGGAUAGGCACGAUUUUGGUUCAAUCAGGGGAUUAUAGUCUAUGCCGUUUGGGGAACGCGGCUUGUGUAGGAGACGUCAGGACGAUAUUCUUCGCCUAGAUAAUGCUGCUGUUAGGUUGUAGACUUGGAAAGCGACGCCUGCCUUGUACUCGCUCCUUGUUCGAGAAUUUGUGGACGUCGUCUUCGAUGCAAGCGACGCCUGCCGUGUAGCUGCUCCUUUUUCGAGAGGUUGUGAAUGUCGUCUUGGAUGCGGUUUUUGAGGUUCAGACUUAAAAAGCGCCGCCUGCCGUAUAUUGUUGUCAACGUCUCAGCUGACGCGAAGGGGUGGGAAGCGCAGUCUCAAUCGUGUGGUUUAUAGAACACCUCAACUGAGAUACACCUCUGACAGCGCCUGGAGCAGACGAUAGCAGGCGGCCAACACCCACCCUUGCCGUCAGGGAUGCGAACUGUUGUGUCUGACAACGUGUAGUAGCUAUUUUGUGCUUGAGGGUUCGUUCAUGUAGGUGUUCG